UCACGAGCUGCUGCUGCUGCUUCUUCGUCUUCUUUGUCUUCUUGCUGUGUUAGGGUUUUUGAGCGAGAGAGAGAGAGACAGGAGCCAUGAGCAGGAGCUUGGGGAUCCCGGUGAAGCUGCUGCACGAGGCAUCGGGCCACAUCGUCACGGUGGAGCUCAAGAGCGGGGAGCUCUACCGGGGGAGCAUGCUCGAGUGCGAGGACAACUGGAAUUGCCAGCUCGAGAACAUCACCUACACCGCCAAGGAUGGAAAAGUCUCACAGCUUGAGCAUGUAUUUAUUCGAGGGAGUAAAGUCAGGUUCAUGGUAAUACCAGACAUGCUGAAGAACGCUCCAAUGUUCAAGCGCCUGGAGUCCAGGAUCAAGGGUAAAAGCUCAGCACUGGGAGUUGGCAGGGGAAGAGCUGUUGCAAUGCGAGCUAGAGCUCAAGCUGCUGGCAGAGGAGCACCACCGGGUAGAGGGGUUGUUCCACCUGUUCGGAGGUAAACAACCAUCCAGACUCCAGACGGUCUCCUGUUCUUGAUGUAGAGAUGAUGUGUCUUGGUUGCAAGUGAAAUUUUAGUCGACAAGAGUAAAUCCUUGUGUUCGAAAUACAUUUGGGUUGGGAUUUUAUCUUAAAGUAAGAGAGAUUUUGAAUUCAUGAGCUA